AUGUCUUCGUUGACGGUGGGUUCUAGUGUCCAACAACAACGUUCAUCCUUGCAGAAUCCGUCAAACCGAAUCAAAAAAGAGAAACUACCUCUAUCAUACAAUAGUCAUGUGGUUUUUAAUGAUCUGAACCAGCCCAUCAUCAAACUGAACCGAUUAUACUGUACAAAUAGCUCCGAAAAACGAACACCUAAAUAUUAUGGAGAGAAGUAUAAAACAUACUACCAGUCGUUGUAUCACUCUAAAUUCAUUGAAUCAAAAGAAAGAGAGAAACGAAAGUUGUGUCCAGUUGAACGGAAGAAAAAGACUCCUUUUGAACUUUUGAGCACCGAGUUUAGCAGAAAACUCGUGGAAGAUUAUAAAAACACCAGAAAAGAAUCAAAAGCCUUUAAACCAAGUCAAGAAGAGGUGAAACUUGAGCGUGAAAGAAAAUUAGAACUUGCCAAGCAGCAUUAUGUCAAUGAAGAAUUUUCUGAAGCCGUUGCUCUAUUUCAAGAAUGUAUCAAUGAGGGUAUGAGAUCCGCAGAAAAUUAUUCGAUGUACGGCGAGGCUUUAUGGAGAAUAGCCAAUUAUGAAGAUGCUUUGAAACAGUUAAGCAUUUGUAUUAGUUUAGAUCCUCACAUAUCUUCUGCAUAUUAUAUUCGGGGUGAUUGCUAUGUACAUUUGCAGGACUACGAGAACGGAAAACGAGAAUUCGAAAAAUACUUAAAAAUUGAACACCCGACCAAAACAGUGUUGGUUAGCCUAGGAAAAUGCUGUUCAACUUUGCGAGACUUGAACGGAGCAUUUUACAGUUUUAAUAGAAUAAUUGCAGAGGUCGACAACCAAGAUCCCUAUAUUUAUUUCUUGCGUGGUGAUAUUUUGUUUCAGAUGGGACACAAAGAAGAAGCUCAGAAAGAUUUUCAAAAAAUUCGAGAUUUAGAUCCAACCUUUUGUGUUCAAUACCAAACUUCUGCGAAACAUUGCGAGGACGCAGGAGAUAUUGGGGAAGCAGUUUCAAUUUACGAGGCACUCGUAAAAAUUCAACCUGCCAACAUGGAAUAUUUGACUCAUUAUGGUCACCUAUUGAUGGAAUUAGGCCGUACCGAUGAAGCAAUGAUCUGUUUCUCUAGGUGUAUUGAAAAAAAACCUAUUGAGAACCCUUCCUUACUUGCAGACGCUUAUGUCACCAAGUCAAUGAUUUUGACCGAGCAAAACGAUAUUGAAAAGGCAUUAUUCACACUUAAUGUUGGGAUUGGUGACUUGCCAGAUGAACCUUCCUUGUACAAGUGUAGAGGUACUUGUCACUUAUUGCUGAAUUUAACAAGAGAGGCGAAACAGGAUUUUGAAUCUGUGCUACAACUUGAUUUAAAGAAUGAACACACGGACGGAUUCAUGUACAAAUUUUUAGCUGAAUACUACUUUGAGGAAAAAGACAACGCUGAGCAAGCUCUAGAUUACUUUUUAUGUAGUGCAAAACUAGGAUUUCUCAAAGGGUUAUGGGCUUCAUGCAAAGAAGAGGUCGAUAGGCCCAAAUUCGGAAAGUAUACACAGCCAUUAAUAGAGGAAACAAAAGCUCAAUUGGCUUGUUGUUUGCUUGUAGCUCAAACAAAAUUAGAAAGAACACUUGAAUCUCCCCUUGAACAGGAGGAUGAAAGCAAGAAAUCCAAACCACCUCAAAAGAAAGACAAAAAGAUAGAAAAGAUCCCGUCAUUGUUUGAUCUGGCAACGAGUGCAUUUAUGUUAGGGUUCAAUACACUAGACAAAGAAGUGCCCUACAUCCCCACCCGCCUUGAAAGCAAGCUAUUCCGAAUUUACAAAGAGAGACAUGCCACUGUUACGACAGCUAGAACGAGUAAUUCAAGAGGAGCAACACGAAAGUAA